AUGGCCAUCCCCAAGGUCGCAUCGACGGAGGAGACGCCAGUCAUGGACCAGUCCAAAACCAGCAUACUGCAUCCCAACAUUCACAGAAAACCGCCGCCAAUCGUAGCCUCUGGGAAAGGCUCAUACUUGACGCUCGAAGAUGGCCGCCGCAUCUUUGAAGCAUGUGCCGGCCCUGCUGUCGCCUGUCUCGGACAUGGUAACCCCGAGGUCACCCAGGCUGUCGUCGAGCAGAUGGAGAGUGUCUCGUAUUGCUUUGCCUUGAACCAGUCGAACCGAGCAGCCGAAGAACUUGCCAAGGCGGUGAUUGAGACGACGAAUGGACAGCUCGCAAAAGGCACAAUCAUGAGCUCUGGCUCGGAGGCUGUCGAGGCAGCAAUGAAACUUGCAGUCAAGUACUUUGCAGAACUUGGCGUACCCACCAAGUCGGGGUUCAUAGCUCGCGCGGGUGCCUUUCAUGGCACCACAUUGGGCUCACUUGCGUUGAGUGGUAAAGUCGCGUUCCGUAGGCCAUUCGAGCCCCUUCUCAAGAGCGACAUGGUAUCCUUUGUCUCGAUGCCUAACAUUUAUCGCGGUAUGAUGGACGGCGAGACUACAGGCGAGUACGUCAAAAGACUUGCGUGUGAGCUUGACACCGAGUUUGAGCUUCGGGGGGCCGAAAAUAUCUGUGCCUUUGUUGCGGAGACUGUCAGCGGCAGUGCCCUGGGAUGUCACACAGCACCCCCGGGAUACUUCCAGGCCAUCAAGGCCGUAUGUGAGAAGCAUUCGGCGUUGCUAAUCCUUGACGAAGUUUUCUGUGGCAUAGGCCGAACAGGAACCUACCACGCCUGGCAACAAGAAGAUGUAGUUCCCGACAUACAGACCGUGGCAAAGGGUGUCGCAGGCGGGUACGCACCGGUUGCGAUGAUGCUCGUUCAUCAGAGAGUGGUCGAUGCUAUCAACGGCGGAUCCGGCCUCUGGAACCAUGGUCACACUUUCAGCUCGCACCCCGUAGCAUGUGCAGCGGGUGUUGCCGUGCAGCGGAUCAUAAAGAGGGAUGGGCUUGUGGAGAACUCUAUGCGCAUGGGAGAGCGUCUGGGGGCGGCUUUACGUAGUGCGCUUGGCGGCCAUCCCAACGUCGGGGACAUUAGAGGCCGGGGGCUGAUGUGGGCGGUCGAAUUCGUCAGGGACAAGAAGACCAAGGAGCCUUUUCCUGCCAAGGAUGCCUUAUCUGCCAGGAUAAGUCAGACGGGUCUCUCUGAGCCUUGGAAUGUUUAUUUCUACCCGGGAGCUGGAACGGCUGAUGGUAUAUCUGGAGAUCACAUCACCAUUGCUCCCGCAUAUACUGUGAGCGAAAAAGAGGUGGAUCUUAUUGUGGCCAAGCUUCAUGGUCUUUUGGCAGAUAUUUUCGGCUAG